UAAAGUAUGACUAAAGGGUGUAAUUAACAAGUUUGAUAAUAUUGUCGGGAAAUAAAUCCGCACGCAGUAAAUUAUUAAUGUUAUCCAGUAAUCUAGAUUCAUUUUAGGUGUGUAAAUGUACUUUUACCUACACUACAGCUGGUGGCGGUAAGUAGGGUAGCCUGUAUUUGUACAGUAUUCCGGUAAAAAAGAAAAGAGAAGAAGAAACGGGACAAACAUGGCAGCGUACAUGAGAAGCGUGAUAUGUCUUGCUUCUGUAGAGCGAAGUGCUUUUCUAACAAGAGCAAACGGCAUUGUGGAAUCUAAACGGUAUGUACGCGGACUGAGGAGGAAACCUGUCAAAGUGUUGUUUCCUGAAAACGAGACGGGAGAAGUCGUCAAGCCGACGCCACAAUCUCAGCCAGCAAAACAAAACCUCAAGAGGGAGAGGGAGGUAAAAGUCACAGCUACAACAAGGCAUCAUGAAGAACCUGACUUUGUCAAGGCGAGGACUAACGUGCAGUCAUCUGCAAAGGAUCGUCACGUUACUGUUUCAGAGGAUCAGACUGAUGGAUUGCGCUUCGAGAGGGCUUUCCCUGGAGAUAAAAGACUGGCGAGGUUAGUGAGUGUUGCUCGUUCGAGGACGUUUCGGGAGCAUCAGGGUAAAAUCCUCCUGGAGGGCAGGCGUUUGAUCUGUGACGCCCUUGAUGCUGGAGCCAACCCACAGAUGGUGUUCUUCAGUACAGUGGAUCGGCUCCGAGAGCUGCCCUUAGACAAGCUGAAAAGGGCCACGCUGGUCAAAGUCAAGUUUGAGGACAUCAAGAUCUGGUCUGACCUUGUGGCGCCACAAGGGGUGAUCGCAAUAUUUUCUCGCCCGGACCCCUCACGCCUGGACUUCGCAAACAGAGGUCAUUCGGUGCCGUUGUCCCUGAUAUGCGACAACAUCCGAGACCCUGGCAACCUUGGGACUAUGUUGCGAUGUGCUGCUGCUGCUGGCUGCCAUAAUGUCCUGCUUACCAAGGGUUGUGUUGACGCUUGGGAGCCUAAAGUUCUGCGUGCAGCAAUGGGCGCCCAUUUCCGCCUUCCCAUCUAUCCCAGCUUGGGUUGGAAUGAUAUUGAAAAUCACCUCCCUAGACCUGUGACUGUCCAUGUGGCUGACAGCAGCUGUGGUGCUGACAUGAGUAGAGAAGCAAGCGAUUCACAAGUUGAUGUGUCUCACAAACCCUCCAAAGUAGGAGACUACGGCUGGACCAGCGCAAGGCCUAAUCCCAAUAACAUGCGCUACGAGGAUUACGAUUCUGACUCUGACUCAGAUUGUGAAUCAGAGGGACUUUCACUUCCCCAAGUGGGCACAAAGUUGUACCAUGAGAGUUGGGCUCAGAGCCCCACUGCUCUUGUGAUAGGUGGAGAGACUCAUGGCCUAAGUCUAGAGGCAGUCCAGUUGGCUGAGAAAACUGCCGGUCACAGGCUCUUCAUUCCUGUCGUCCCUGUUAUGGACAGCUUGAAUUCAGCCAUGGCCGCCAGUAUCCUUCUGUUUGAGGGCAGGAAGCAGCUGUUAAAACUAAUGCAGACAUCUGGGAGACAAAGGAAAUCUAAAGCUGAGCAGCAGUUAUCGUGAUAUUGGCUCUAAAUAUUAUAAUGUGACUUCUGGUGUACCAUUCGUCCUUAUUAGUACAGACUGAACAGAUUAAUAUGCAUUUCCAUUCUACAUCCUGCCCUGCUAAUAAUAAAACACUGAAUUUCAAGCAGGGAUUUGUGAAAUGAUUCAUAUCCAGUGAAUUUCUGCCUUGUUUAACUUUUUGU